AUGUUUUCCGUGAUACUGCUACUCGCCCUCCUCACGCCAGUCUCCGCGUCCUUGUACCCCACCCAACCUAUCCAAAACACCGUCUACUACGCUGGACAGACCGCUCUGACGGGAUGGAUAGAUGACGGGACGUACCCGCUGCUGAACAACAUGGGGGGCAUCACUAUACAGCUAUACUGCGAUUCUGACACGUACCUCGCGACACUCGCUACGAACGUGAGCCCUGGAGUCAAGUCUUAUCAGUUGGAUAUACCCAGGAGUCUUGUGCAGCUGCAUACUGGCUCGAAUUUCACUCUGCGUUACCUCACGAGUAUACCGUAUGAUAUGGUCAUCUACAGCGCGGACUUUGGGAUCGUGGUUCAGGGCGACUCUCUUCCGACACCGACGAAUGCUAGUGCGAGUUCGAGGUCUACGAGCCAGAAUCUGUUCUUUCAGGCGACUCACACACCGUCACUGUCGCUGGCACCUUCUGAGUCUGGAACUUCAGCUUCAACAUCAACGCCAGGCAGCGUGAUACCACCCCUCCGUCCAGGCGACGUCGGGACCAUCGAUCAACCCUCUAGGAACAGCGCGGCGGGCCGCAUCGAUAUCGAGAAACUCAAGUUCCGGGUGGUGUUUAUCCUGUGGCCUGCGUUGUUGGGCGUUACGAUGGCUCUUUAA